AUGGCGUCAGCUUCUAAAACUGAAAAUCCCACUGUUGCUUCUAUAAGCACCACGAUUGACCCUGGAAAUCCCAUUUUUAUCCAUCCUUCUGACAGUCCUAGUGCUACUCUAGCUCCCGUACCCUUCGAUGGUGUAGGUUAUCGUUCAUGGCGUUGUAGUGUAUUACGAUCUCUGUCAAUUAAGAACAAAUUAGAUUUUAUCAAUGGUGAGUGUAAGAAACCAGUUUCACAAACAUCUUCAAAAUUGCGCCAAUGGGAGAGAUGUGAUCAUAUGGUUACAACAUGGAUUCUCAAUUCUCUUGCGAAGGACAUUGCGGAUAGCGUCGAGUAUGUAUCCAGUUCCCACGAACUUUGGACUGAGCUAGAAGACCGUUAUGACCAGACUAAUGGGGCAAAACUAUACCAAAUUCAGCAGGAAAUUAGUGAUUUACAUCAGGGCACACUGUAUAUUACUGGUUAUUACACAAAAAGGAAGAAACUUUGGGAAGAAAUUAGCACAAUUACGGCGAAGCAUCAAUGUGUGUGCCAAUGCACCUGUGGAGGUAAGGAACACAUGUACAAGGCCGAACAAGAUCGAUGA